AUGCACCGUAUUAACUCGUGGGCGAAAGCUCACGCCAAUUCUCGCGACCUGCCCACCCAAAUCUCGACCCUCUCCCAAGCCCCGAGCCAGAUUCCCGAAGUCGAUCGCUCUACGGAGUCUUCAAUUAUCUCGAAAGAUGCUGAAGUGACUACCCCAGCACCGGGCCCUGCUGCGACAGCAGGGCCUGCAGAGGAAGAGAAAUCUCAAAAACCGGGUCUCAUCACCCGCAUGCGCAGCGGGACCGUUCGGUUCUACAACCACACCAAGGAUGCCCUCUGUCACAGCUGGGUAAACAUCCUGCUGGUCUUCGUGCCAGUGGGUAUUGCCGUCGAAGCUGCAGGCCUUAACCCGGCUGUCAUUUUCGCCAUGAACGCUGUGGCUAUCAUCCCUCUGGCUGGACUGCUCAGCCAUGCAACCGAGAGUGUCGCCAGCCGACUUGGCGACACCAUGGGCGCCCUGAUCAACGUCUCGUUCGGUAAUGCCGUCGAGCUGAUCAUCUUCAUCAUAGCCCUCGUCAAGAAUGAAAUCCGUAUCGUGCAGGCUUCCCUGUUGGGUUCUAUUUUGGCAAACCUGCUGCUUAUUCUGGGUAUGGCAUUCUUGCUGGGUGGCUUGCGAUUCCAGGAACAGAUCUAUAACAGCACUGUCACGCAGAUGAGCGCCUGUAUGCUCAGUCUGGCUGUGACAAGUCUCCUUCUACCCACUGCUUUUCAUGCCUCGUUCUCCAACGCUGAAGAGGCCGAUCGCCGAACACUGAAGGUUAGCCGUGGUACAAGUGUGGUCCUCCUGCUGGUGUACAUCUUGUACAUUCUCUUCCAGCUCAGAACCCACUCCUACUUAUACGCCAGUAUCCCGCAGCGCAUUAUUGAUGAGGAGUCACAUCCCGGUGUUUUGGCAGAUUUCAUGAACAGCUCCUCCGAUUCGUCAAGCAGCUCAAGUGAUGAAUCUGUCGACACCACGAGUUCCUGGACUACGGCCAAGCGCAUCAAGAGGGCCAUGAAGAGCCGCCGGCGUCGCAAGUCCAGCACCAGCUCCAAGGGAACCACUUCACGCCAGUCCAUCCAGAAGAAGGUCAUGAUUGAUGAGAAUCAGGCGUCGGUUGGCAACUCGAUCGCCAGUAAUGAGGCCAACUCUUGUGCUGUCGACCUUGGUGAGGAGAUUCGCUACGACGCCGAUGACGAUGCAGGCCAGGCCUCCGAGUUCCGGUCUCGUGACUUUGGUAUUGCCUUGGGCCGCAUGGAAAGUGCUCGUAGUGAAAAGGAGCGCAAGCGUGAACGCAAGAAGCGCAGAGAGCAGAGAGCCGAGAAAGCUCGCAGUCAGCCUCCUGUCCAGACAGAGCAGACACAGGAUGGUCACCCUAAAAUGAAAGGAUUCACCUCGGCCCCCAACUUUGCUGGCAUGCCUGGCGCUGGAGAAACGGAGCAGCGGAAACGUUCUCCAUUCGGGCCUAUUCCUUCUUUGCUGUCCAACACGGUCUUCAGUUCUCAGACUCCCACCCAAUCCCCCCAACUCGGGUCUGCUGCUUCACGCCCUGGUCUCUCCCGUAGUAACUCGCUCCCCGCACGAGUCAGCCGUCAACCCCCGGUCGGCAAUGCUGUCCAAUUCGCCCGUGGCGCUGCUCGUGUGGCUGGCCCUACUGAUCUGGUGGCCCCAAAGGCUGCCGUCGUAGAGACGGAACCAGCGAUGUCGCGUACCGCCGCCGUGGUUAUGCUCCUGCUGUCUACCGGUCUGGUGGCCGUCUGCGCCGAAUUCCUGGUUGAUGCCAUCCCCAACAUGAUCGAGAAUUCCUCCGUCAGUGAGGCAUUCAUCGGUUUAAUUAUCCUGCCUAUCGUCGGUAAUGCGGCGGAGCACGUUACGGCAGUCAGUGUGGCCAUGAAGAAUAAGAUGGAUCUUUCCAUAGGUGUUUCCGUUGGAAGUAGUAUCCAGAUUGCCAUCUUCGUCACCCCACUUGUCGUCAUCCUGGGUUGGUGCAUGGAUAAGGACAUGUCUCUGUACUUCACCUUGUUCGAGACCAUCUGUCUCUUUGUGACAGCCUUUGUGGUUAACUUCCUGGUCCUGGAUGGCCGGAGUAACUACCUCGAAGGUGCCCUGUUGCUUGCUGCCUAUAUUAUCAUUGCUCUGGCGGCUUUCUUCUACCCUGGCAACAACGAGACUAGUAACCUGGCAGGUUCCUAA